AUGGUACAUGAAGAACGUGAUAUUAGUUAUACGAGUGAUACACAAAAUGAAAGAAAUAAACUAGAUGUUUAUUAUUCAAAUAAAGAUUUUCAACGAGAUGUUCUUGUAUUUGCAUUUGGUGGUGCAUGGGCAAGUGGAGCAAAAGGGACAUAUAGAUUUAUUGGACGAAAUUUUGUACAUCGAGGUUUAGUUACUGUUAUUUUCAAUUACAGUUUAUCACCUACACCAAUAUAUAGAAUAGCUCAAGAAGGUGCUGCAGCUGUCAUGUGGGUAUAUACAAAUAUAAUAAAUUAUGGUGGAAAUCCAAAUCGAAUAUUUCUUAUGGGUCAUUCAGCUGGUGGACAUUUGAUAGAAUUAAUAAAUUCUGAUAGGCGAUUUUUUAGUCCAUAUAGAAUUGAAAAUCCAAUUUAUGGAAUUAUUUUACUUGAUGCAUUCGGUCUUGAUAUGUAUCAAUAUCUUAGUCAACCAUCAUCGAGUAAUGAUAGAUAUUAUAAUACAUUUAUACAAGUAUUUUCUAAUGAUCCUCAAAUUUGGAAACGAGCAUCACCAAUGCGUUAUUGGAGAAAUAUAAGAAAUCCACAUCUUAUUCUAGUUGGUGAAAGAACUUAUCCAUCAAUUCAACAACAUAAUAGACGUUUAUAUGGAAAAUUAAGAAGUUCACAACAAGUACCUGUAGAAUUUUAUGAAAUUCCUCGUAGAAAUCAUAGAGAAAUGGUUAUCUAUAUGUUUUUUAGUGGAAAUGAACAAUAUGAUAUUAUUUUGAAUUUUAUUAAAACUUAUUAA